GCGUGUUGGCACAGCGGCGGCGGCGGCUCCGGGGGGAGGAGAGGAAUCGGGGUCAGGCCUGGGGCUGCUGGCGCUGGGUUCUGUGCUGGGUUUUGCGCUGCUGUGCGAUGCGUGGUGCGUGAGCGGGGCUUGGAGAAGGUGCCUGAAGGGGGGAAAGCUUCGGACAAGCGUCAGGCGGAAAGCUGGAGCCUCCGGGGCUCCGCCGUCCCCCGGCAGCGCCAGGGAAGAUGAACAAGAUGAAGAACUUCAAGAGGAGGUUUUCCCUGUCGGUGCCGCGCACGGAGACCAUCGAGGAGUCGCUGACGGAGUUCACGGAGCAGUUCAACCAGCUCAACAACCACAGGAACGAAGACCUGGCUCAGGGGCAGCUGCAGCUGGCGCAGCUGGGCAGGGACCCGGGGGCAGGCGGCAGCCCCGUGUCCCCUCCCGAGGGACAGGGCCACUCCCCGGUGGCCGCCGUGCGCUACCGCAACCACGGCCAGCGCCGCUUCUCCAUGGAGGACGUCAGCAGGCGCCUCUCGCUGCCCGUGGACAUCCGCCUGCCCCCCGAGUUCCUGCAGAAGCUGCAGAUGGAGAGCCUGGAGAUCCCCAAGCCCCUGAGCAGGAUGUCCCGGAGGGCGUCCCUCUCGGAUAUCGGCUUUGGGAAGCUGGAAACCUACGUGAAACUGGACAAACUGGGGGAGGGCACCUACGCCACGGUGUUCAAGGGCCGCAGCAAGCUGACGGAGAACCUGGUGGCGCUGAAGGAAAUCCGCCUGGAGCACGAGGAGGGCGCUCCUUGCACGGCCAUCCGGGAAGUGUCGCUGCUGAAGAACCUCAAGCACGCCAACAUCGUCACCCUGCACGACAUCAUCCACACCGAGCGCUCCCUCACCCUCGUCUUCGAGUACCUGGACAACGACCUCAAGCAGUACCUGGAGAACUGCGGGAACCUGAUGAGUGUGCACAACGUGAAGAUCUUCAUGUUCCAGCUGCUCCGCGGCCUGGCUUAUUGCCACGGCAGGAAAAUCCUGCACCGGGACCUCAAACCCCAGAACCUGCUCAUCAACGAGCGAGGGGAGCUCAAGCUGGCUGAUUUUGGGUUAGCCAGGGCCAAGUCGGUCCCGACAAAAACCUAUUCCAACGAGGUGGUGACGCUCUGGUACCGGCCCCCCGACGUCCUGCUGGGAUCCACCGAGUACUCCACGCCCAUCGACAUGUGGGGGGUCGGGUGCAUCCACUUCGAGAUGGUGACGGGCCGGCCGAUGUUCCCCGGCGCCACGGUGAAGGAGGAGCUGCACCUCAUCUUCCGCCUGCUGGGAACGCCCACGGAGGACACCUGGCCUGGGAUAACGUCCAACGAGGAGUUCAAGGCUUACAACUUCAGCCAGCAGCGAGCCCAGCCGCUGAUCAAUCACGCCCCGAGGCUGGACCCGGACGGCAUCGACCUGCUGACGAACCUGCUGCUGUACAGAGCCAAGGGCCGGAUCUCCGCCGAGGCUGCGCUGCAGCACCCCUACUUCAGGAGCCUGGGGGAGCGGGUGCACCUCCUGCCUGACAACGCCUCCAUCUUCUCCCUGAAGGAGAUCCAGCUCCAGAAGGACCCCGGGCACCGAGGCUCAGCCUUCCAGCACUCAGCCCGAGGCAAGAACAGGAGGCAGAGCAUAUUUUAAACCCGGAUCUCGCCUUCCCCUCGUCGCCGUGGAGACGGAAGCGCGGAGAAAGGAGCGGCUCCCACCCGACCCUCGGCGGAAUUCCCGGCUCCAGGGCGCGGGGCUGCUCCCGGACCCCCGGGAGCCGCUCUCCACGGACCCGCGGCCUCGUCCCCCGCGAUGUUCCCGCCUUGUCCCCGCUCCGGGGCGGCUGCAGGGAGGAGCCCCGGGGGGGUUUGGGGGGCUCAGGGUGGGGAUUUGUGGGGUUUGGCCCCGGCGGGGGCCGCUGGAAAUUCACCUUUGCUGGCACGAGCUGCGCUGCAGGCCCUGGUUCUUUGGGGAGCCCAGGGCCAGGCUGGCAUGGGGAGCACCUGGGGCACACCUGGGACACACCUGGGGCACACCUGGGGCACACCUGGGCACACCUGGGGCACACCUGGGGCACACCUGGGACACACCUGAGCACAUUCAGACACACGUGGGCACACCCGGGAGCACCUGGGGCACACCUGAGCACACCUGGGGCACAUCUGGGGCACACCUGGGCACACACAGGGCACACCUGGGGCACACCUGAGCACAUUCGGACACACGUGGGCACACCCGGGAGCACCUGGGGCACACCUGGGACACACCUGGGGCACACCUGGGGCACACCUGGGCACACCUGGGGCACACCUGGGGCACACCUGGGGUACACCUGAGCACACCUGGGGACACACCUGGGACACACCUGGGGCACACCUGGGCACACCUAGGGUACACCUGAACACAUCUGGGGUACAUCUGGGGUACACCUGAGCACAUCUGGGGUACACCUGGGGUACACCUGGGGCACACCUGGGGUACACCUUGGGUACACCUGGGGCACACCUGGGCACACCUGGGCACACCUGGACACACCUUGGACACACAUGGGGUACACCUUGGGUACACCUUGGGUUCACCUGGGCAUACCUGGGCACACCUGGGGACACACCUGGGGCACACCAGGAGCCAGGGCAGCCCCCCCCCGCGUUUCCCUCCCCUCUCCCCUUUCCCCUCCCUGCUCCGGUUCCCGAAUCCCGCUGAGGACGGAGCAGCCCCAGCUCCCCGUGGCCUCCCCCCGUCCCUGCUCCCGAAUCCCGGCGCGUCCCGAGCCCCGAGCGCGGAUCCCCGGCCCCUUCCCCAUCCCCGCAGCUCCCCAAGGAGCAGGACGGGAUCCCGGGGGGCUCUGGGGACGCUUCUCCCCGCUCCCCGCGGCUCCGAGCCCCGACGGCAGCGAGCCCAGAGCGCUGCUGGCCCGCAGGGAAGGGGACGGGAGCCAAA